CGUCUCCGCCCAGCCGGCGGCGACUCAGCUAGAGCGACAGCAGGACCAGCCGUCCGCGGAACCCAGCGGGCCGCCGCCGCGAUGUUCCCCCGAGAGACGACGUGGAACAUCUCGUUCGCGGGCUGCGGCUUCCUCGGCGUGUACCACAUCGGUGUGGCCUCCUGCCUCCGCGAGCACGCGCCCUUCCUGGUGGCCAACGCCACGCAUAUCUACGGCGCCUCGGCCGGGGCGCUUACCGCCACGGCGCUGGUCACCGGGGCCUGCCUGGGUGAGGCCGGGGCCAACAUCAUUGAGGUGUCUAAGGAGGCCCGGAAGAGGUUCCUGGGCCCCCUGCACCCUUCCUUCAACCUGGUAAAAACCAUCCGUGGCUGCCUGUUGAAGACUCUGCCUGCCGAUAGCCACGAGCGUGCCAGUGGGCGCCUGGGCAUCUCUCUGACCAGAGUCUCGGAUGGCGAGAAUGUCAUUAUAUCCCACUUCAACUCUAAGGAUGAGCUCAUCCAGGCCAACGUCUGUAGCACCUUCAUCCCUGUGUACUGUGGUCUCAUCCCUCCCUCCCUCCAGGGGGUGCGCUAUGUAGACGGCGGCAUUUCGGACAACUUGCCACUCUAUGAGUUGAAGAACACGAUCACAGUGUCCCCCUUCUCGGGCGAGAGUGAUAUUUGCCCACAGGAUAGCUCCACCAACAUCCAUGAGCUCCGGGUCACCAACACCAGCAUCCAGUUCAACCUGCGCAACCUCUACCGCCUGUCCAAGGCCCUCUUCCCUCCUGAGCCCAUGGUGCUGCGAGAGAUGUGCAAGCAGGGCUACAGGGACGGACUGCGCUUCCUGCGGCGCAACGGUCUCCUGAACCAGCCUAACCCCUUGCUGGCACUGCCUCCUGCUCACCCCCAUCAACCUGAGGAUGAGGCCAAGGAAGAGGCUGAAGAGCGGGCCCAAGUGGAGGGUCGCGUGCAGGCCCCCGGAGAGGAUCACAUCCUGGAGCAUCUGCCGGCCCGGCUCAAUGAGGCCCUGCUAGAGGCCUGCGUGGAGCCCAAGGAUCUGCUGACCACUCUUUCCAACAUGCUGCCUGUGCGCUUGGCCACAGCCAUGAUGGUGCCCUACACUUUGCCUCUGGAGAGCGCUGUGUCCUUCACCAUCCGCUUGCUGGAGUGGCUGCCUGACGUACCCGAGGACAUCCGGUGGGUGAAGGAGCAGACCGGCACCCUCUGCCAGUACCUGGUUAUGCGCGCCAAGAGGAAGCUGGGCGGCCGCUUAUCUGCCAGGCUGUCGGAGCAGGCGGAGCUGCGUCGUGCAAGGUCGCUGCCCUCGGUGCCGCUGUCAUGCGCCGCCUACAGUGAGGCCCUGCCGGGUUGGAUGCGCAACAGCCUCUCGCUGAGGGACACGCUGUCCCGGUGGGAGGACUACCAGCGCCAGCUGCUGCUGGGCCUCUUCUGCACUAACGUCGCCUUCCCGCCCGACGCCCUGCGCAUGCGCACGUCCCCCGCCCCCGCGGACCCUGCGCCCCCUCGCUGAGUGGCCGCAGUGGCGUCCAGGCCCCCUGGGAUCGGUGGGCUGAGGACCGCCCGCAACCUUCCUGCCCCAUGAAUCAGGGCCCGGGGCUGACCAAGACCCCGAUCCCAGCCCGUCUCCGCCACUUUGCGGAGUGAGGAGAUAGGGCCCUCCCAGCCACAAAGAGGGGGCUUUGCUGUGACCCCGCCAUCGCCACUCACUUGCGCAUGGAGUGGGGCGGGGUGCGGAGGAUCCUCCUGGGCCGUGGAGGCCCUGGCUGUGCCUUACCCCUUCAGUGCAGUGUUAUCCAGAGAACUUUGCACCGCUCCUGCAGCCCGUUUUCACAUUUUGCUGAAGAAUAUGUGUGAAGAUUUAUUUAUUUUCGCCAAAGCAGACGUAAUAAAUGCACCACUCAG